GCAUUACCUCUCCAAAAUCCAGAAGAAAUAGAUGAUGUCAUAGCUCUACAAAGUUCAUUUUCCCUGCAAGGGAUAAAUCAAUCUGAAGAUUCACUUAAUAGUUAUGAAGAUGAUGAACAA